CUGAUGAAGCAGACAAAAGUGAUCACUAUACCGCGCAAGAUAUGUAUGAAGCUCUUCAGCAAAGGGUACUUGAGGAUGAAAUUGAAGCCGAAGCUAUUCCAAAAGUAUCUACUAUUCAAAGCUGGAUAGGCCAUUAUACUUGUCAACAUCGUGAACAUAUAGCUCAGACAGAGACAUUAUAA